AGAAAUUAAUAAAUAAAUAAUGCAUAAUCCAUAAGACUAAUUAAGAAAAGCUUUAAAGAGAUAUAAUAAUGGGGAUAAGUAGAACAAUAACCGGAAUUGUAGGUCUCAAUAGCUCCAACUGCCGCAAGUACCGAAAGGAAUGUUAAGUAUGAACAGUACUCAAAAAUCAGAAAGAAAUGCAAAAUUAAGCGAUACAGGUAUUUUAAAAUAUUAGUUUUAGAUACAACUGAUGUAACCCAUUAUAAUUUGAAUUUUUCAUAACCAAUUUAGUCUUGUUAUUAAGUAGAACAUUUAGACCUAAAUUUCUUUAAAAUUCAACCUUGCAAAAUCCCUGGCAAUCAUAGUCAUAAGCAUUGUCCUUUUUAUCACAAUACUAAAGAUCGAAAGAGGUACUAUUUGGAGUAUAAAAUUAGAAUUAAUGUCUAGUAUUCAGCUGAGUUAUGUACAUUCAUAGAAAAUAAUCAACAAUGUCCAUAUGCAGAUAAUUGCAACAAAGCCCACAAUAGAGUAGAGUAACUUUACAGACCCGAUAAUUACAAAACAAAAUUCUGUUCCUACUAUCCUCAUAAUAUUUCUUAAUGUGAUUAUGGAAAAUUUUGCUCUUUCGCACAUUCUGAAACAGAUAUUGUUAUAGAAUUAAUCCAUAACCUUGAAUAUGACGAUGAUUUCUUUAUGUUCUAUUACAAAACAGUUUGGUGUCCUUUCAACCUUACACAGCACGAUAAGGCACUUUGUGUUUAUGCUCACAAUUGGCAAGACUUUAGAAGGAAGCAUCAAAUAUAUUAGUAUCAUCCGAUUCCAUGUCCAAGUUGGAACACAGCUGAAUACAUUUUAGAAUACUAUAAUGGAUGUUAAGAUGGUUUCAAUUGUGGAAAAUGUCAUGGUUGGAAAGAAUUAGAAUAUCAUCCAAUGUUAUUUAGAACAAAAUAAUGUAUGAAUUAAAACUGUUCAAAAACUGAUUGUUCAUUUUAUCAUAAUAAUUAAGAAAAAAGGUAUACAUUUUAUUUAACUUAAUAGAUAGAUUGAUCAAUUAUCUUAAUAUAGAGUGUUUAAAAUAGUUCCUAGAAAUCGAAUAGUUUAAAACACAUUUAAAGUGAGAGAUUAAAGUCUGUUAACUUCGUAACGAAAUGGUAGUAGCACUCUUAGUAACCAGAAACUAUGUAGUAGCAGUGAUCAGCAUUGGCUCGGACAUAACUUAUAAAAUAGUUUUUAGUAUGAUUAGGACUCUGAUGAAGGGAAAUAACAUACGAAAGGAUAGAAUUACUAGACUACUUUAAUUUCAAUUCAAGAAAGAACAGGUAGAAAUUUAAGUGAUUUUUAGAUUCAGACGAGUUGAAGGAUUUGAAGGAUUUAAUGAAAAAGAAAUCGAAUUCAGUGGCAGAUGAAAAGUAAAAUAAUGAUGACAAUGAACAUGUUAGAACAGUUUUGAAAAUGAUUGACAUGGAUCAAUGAAUAAAUAUUUUUAUUUAAUUCAAGAACUCCCUCUUAUAAAUAAAUAAUUAAAAA